UCACUGCUCUAAGGGAGUCGAGGUGACUGAGGGAGAGGUCAGGAGAGGUGGGAAGAGCUGGUGAAGGCGUGGUGGAGAGAAGGAGGCCGAGCCAACACAGAGGACGGGAAAGAGGGGAAACAUCCUGCGAUCGGCGCCUGGUGAGCCGUCGUGCCCCCUCCAUGCAGUUUCCCAUGGGCCCCGCCUGCAUCUUCUUAAGAAAAGGCAUCGCUGAGAAACAGCGGGAAAGACCGCUGGGACCAGAUGAGAUUGAAGAGCUCCGGGAAGCAUUUCUUGAGUUUGACAAGGACCGAGAUGGGUUCAUCUCUUGUAAGGAUUUGGGGAAUCUAAUGAGGACGAUGGGUUACAUGCCCACGGAGAUGGAACUGAUUGAACUGGGCCAGCAAAUCCGCAUGAACUUGGGCGGCCGCGUGGACUUCGACGACUUUGUGGAACUCAUGACCCCCAAACUGCUGGCAGAGACGGCUGGGAUGAUCGGUGUCCAGGAGAUGCGCGACGCCUUCAAGGAGUUUGACGCCAACGGAGACGGGGAGAUCACGCUGGGGGAGCUGCAGCAGGCCAUGCAGAGGCUCCUGGGAGACAAGCUCACUUCCCAGGAGAUCUCCGAGGUGGUCCAGGAGGCCGAUGUUAACGGAGAUGGCACUGUUGACUUUGAAGAGUUUGUGAAGAUGAUGUCUCGCUGAGGAGGUUCUGGAAUCCCGGUCACUCUCUACCUGGUUUAGAGCUGGCUGAUCCCCCAGGGGCUUAAUCCUCCUGGAAGUGACAUCAUGCAGCAGAGAGAGAGGACCCGCCUCUUCAAAUCCUCAGCUCAGCCAGGGUCACUGCCAAGCCAUUCCUGGCAGCCCCCUGCCUCUGCGUCUGUCUGCCCUGGGCUGCUCAGGGAGUUUCCCUCUGGUAGAAGGGAAAUUGGUUCCACCCCUCGCAUCCUGACCCUGAACUGUGCUGGGAAAGACACAUUCCUCCUCCCCUCGGUCCGGAGCAGAUCACUCCGGAACGCAAAGUUCUCCAAAUAAAGAGUUCAUUGC